AUGCCGUCGCCUUCACUGGUGUUCGUGAAGAACGAUGAGGGCAUCCUCAUCCCCGCAUUUGUGAACACCAGCGACACCAUCAGCUCCUCCAAGGUGUGGUCACCUACCUCGUCUGAUGACUUCAUGGUGCUCACGCAGAAGGAGUUGCGAACGCUAGUCCCUCCGCAUAUCACCAUCAGCCAGCCCAUCAACAAGAAGAAGUUGUGCGAGACUAUCUUCUCGAAGUGGGGCAUGAUUGUGGAUUACAAGAACCAGAGCGAGACUUGCUACAAAGACACUUCAACAGCUCAGAAGGUUGGUUCUUCUGGCAUGGGAGGUGGAGGAGGAGGAGACCCUCAUGGCGACUCCUCUGACGAGGACAGUGACAACAAUGAGGACUCAGAUGGCUUCGAGGAGAACGAAGGGGAGUUUGACUUGGAGACCUUCUCCGAGAAAUUCUUCGACAUCUAUGUCAAGAGUGGUUUCAGCCAGAGCCCCAGCAUCAUGGUCAGCAUCAACCCCAGUUGGAAGGUCCGUUCUUUGGACUUCACCGUGAGUGCCAAGAUGAAAGUUCCCAUGAGUGCUUUGCGAUACACCACCCAGAAGGGGGACAAUGUCUACAAGACGCUCAGCUUCAAAGACAACCGCAUCCAGGCUCGCCAGACCAUCAUCGUUAUGUUGGAGCUCAAGGGCGGAGUCGGGAGAAAGGUUGUGAAACCACAGUUGAAGGAGAACGAGGUGAAGGCGAGGUUCAUUGCCAAGAGCAAGGAGACCAUUAAGCCCUUCUUGGAUGCCUACGAGGUGGACAGCAACGUCACCCCUGCCGAGUUGACCCCAUUGCUUCAGCCCUUGACAUCCAAAGUCGCAGACAUCAAGCGGAGGGUCGCCUUGGGAGAGGACGCCUUGAUUGACGGCUUGAUGUUCUUGUCAGAUGAGCAGUUGGAGACCCUUUCCACGAUUUUCGCCGUGAAGAAGGGCAAGUUUACGGAGCAGAAGUUGGUUCAGGCGUCAUAUGCCAUCAUCCCAGAGAUGAAACUGGUGGACGAGUAUGUCGGACACCUCACAAAGCACAAGAACAUUGCUGUGACUGACUUUUUGGAGACCUACGCCACCACCUUUGUUCAGUCCCGUUCUGGCGAUUUGACCUAUGAUAAUGAUAGGUUUGCUGAAGCGGUGAAAACCACCAUUGCCUACAGAAAGGGAAUUCGCAGGGCUUCAGAGGUUGCCAAUGCUCAACCCAAUGAGGUGGAAGACAACUCCACCCGCUGUGUCUUGAUGUAG